AUGCCUAACCCACACUUUAUACCUUCUACCCUCCUAACAGACGCCGACGCCCUCACGGUGUCCAAAAUCGUCCUCGCUGGGCAUGCUCCUACUCCAUUAGCGGUGGGAAGCGAUGUUUAUGUUAAUCAUUGGGUCAUCUACCUUGAGAUGACACAAGGAGGGUCCAUACGCCUCGAUAUGUCGCCGGACCCCAUCGCUGGCCAACUGGGAACGUUGGUCGUAAAGCGACUCGAAUACAAUGUGUUAUCGGAAGUUGUACAUCAGGUCCCCUUUCCUGCAGUCCGGGGUCUCUACGCCCGGCACGUUCUCGAUCGGAUCUCGGCAAAAGGCUACCAUGAGUAUCGAUAUGGGGAUAAGAUGGUAGAGUGUAGAUACUGGGCAUACGUUGUGAUGAAGGAUUUCCGAGAUGCUGGCUACGUUGGGGGUAACGGAACGGAAGUAUACGCUGCAGUCAGCUCAACGUGGACGACGGGAGGAGCGCGGUUACCAAAGACUCCAGAGUGGACGCAAGGGACAUUUGGGGUGUUUGAUGACAACCUAUUAGAUGAACAGAAUGAGGCGCUUCAACACCUUGCCAACAAUGCUGUCACGUGUUUCACCCCACCUGUCUACUCCAUCGUCAUGGAGUCUGAUUUCCCCCUCGAGGGACAAGACCUGGCUACAGUCACCGAGGCCGAGUUUAUUCGCGCCGCCAAGACUGGUCCCCUUAUUUCCGGCAAAGGAACGAAGAUUGUGAGGAUUUCAAGCACUGCAGUCUUAAAGAUUAGUGUUGAAGUUCAUCCGCAGGAGGCUUUGAAUAUGGAAUAUGUCUUCAACCACUCCAAUGGGCAGAUACGAGUCCCAUACGUCUAUCGAACCUUUGCCUCGGAGAACAUAGGCUACAUUGUUAUGCAAUUCAUCGAUGGAGAGUGUUUGGACGCGGUGCCAUGGUCAGAACGUUCCGCCCAGGAACGACAAAAUAUCGUCCUCCAGGUCACCGAAGGCCUUCGCUGUAUCAGAAGCUUGCGAGGCUACCAUCCCGGACCGGUAGGGCAAGGAAUUCCUAUGGGCGGGCUGUUUACCGUCUAUGGUGCUGGCAGGACGUUUCAAACGGCAGCUGAUAUGGAGCCAUGGUUCAACCACAAGCUUAGGAUCCUCGGCGCUGGAGAUGUCACUGGAAUGUUCAAAGAUCUGGUAAUGUGCCACAUGGAUAUUAGUCUGAGGAACCUUGUCCUAGACAAGGCUGGAAAGUUGUGGUUUCUGGACUGGGCUUGGGCCGGCUUCUUCCCUCAAGCCUUUGAAAAGGCGAGUCUUUUGCACAAACGAGCAGAAGAUCCGGACUUUCAGUUUACUCGGGACAUUCUACGCGAGUUUAAACACAGCAGUUGCGACGAGCCGCUUCUGGGUCUUCUGCUGAGUGUUUAUCAAGUCAACAACGGCCCUUUUCAAGGUUCACAUCUUACCUGGGGACGCUAUGAGUGUUAG